ACAGCAGUUAAGAUCUAGGAUACCACCACUGCUGCUCAAUUUCAGGUGGAUUCUUAGUUUGCAGGACAAUUUGGAAGUUCUUGGGAUAGUUCGCAUACAACCUUAUACAUUAGCUCAGUACGCAGACAUUUGUUGCCAUCACUGGAUCCUAAAGCAGUUCUCUAUGGAGAAAAAAGAAGAUGAAAAAGCAAAUAAGAUAACUUUUAGGAGCGUUCCAGAAUUUAGAGGGUUAUUUAUUGACCAAUGUUUGGAACAAGCUACUGAGCAUGGGUUUUCUGGAACUUCUUUGAAGCAAACUUCGUGGGGAAAUUUGUGCAAAUUCUUUUCUGAGAAGUAUGACUGCACUAUCACCCAAAAGAAAUUGAGAAACCACUGGGAUUACUUGCGCACCCAAUAUGUCACUUGGUCUCGUCUCUUAGCAAGAACCGGGCAUGGGUACAACGCGGAGACGAACACUUUUGAUUGGAGCGAAGAACAAUGGUCUGAAUUAUACAAGACAAUCAAAAACGCCAGUCAAUUCAAGAAUAAGGGACUGGAAGAUGCAGAGAAGUUGCAGAAUUUAUUUGAUGGGAAGUUCUCUACCGGAGUUAAUAGGGAUACGCCUGGAAGAAUGGAACCUCCUUGUUCAGCUGGAACUUCUACAACUAAUGGAUCUGAUUCCCGAACAAGUCUUGGAAAAGAACAAAAUCAUGAGGAUGAUAACGAGGUUGAUUCUAGUCUCAAUGCAAAGGGGAGUGGAAGGAAAAGAAAGAAGGAAAUGGACGAAGCCUCAAGUGAUUUAUUAACUGAAAAAGUUUGUUCUAUUGUCACAUCAAUGGAGGCUCAUCUUCAACAUAAAAAACUUGCUCUAGAAAAGGAUAACGCAGCAGAAUUCAUGAAAGCUCUGGAUAAUCUACUUGAGACUGAUUGCAUCACAAUGGAUGACUAUUUGAGAAUUAGUCUAAAAGCUUCAGAGAUGCCUGGUUGGCAGAAAUUGUUUGUCAGUUUGAAAAGCGAUGAGCGUCGUAUUGAGAAGGCUACAAGGAAGUGGGUUUUAUGUAGAGAAGGGAAGCACCUAAAUACAGGCAAGUGCCCCGAUGGAAUUGACGUGAUGGCUAAAGGCGGGGAUAAUGGUUCAGAUUUCAUGAGUUUUAUGAAUAUUAUUAGUCAGAAAGCACCGAGUCAAAUAUGUCGUGAUGGUAAAACCAAGUGCUUGGAUAUGGAUCAAAAAUACUAUCUAUGUGAUGCUGCGUACUCUCAUACACAGGGGUUUAUGUGUCCGUAUCGCAACAUAAGGUAUUGGACAGGUGAUUAUCGAAGAGUACCUCCAACAACAAAAGAGGAGAAGUUUAAUCAAGCCCAUGCUCGAUUGAGGAAUGUGAUUGAGAGAGCAUUCGAGGUAUUGAAAGUAAGAUUUCCCGUCUUAAGUAAAAUGCCUUCUUACUCAUUUGAGACUCAAAGAGAUAUCGUCAUUGCUUGCAUGUCAAUACAUAACUUUCUACGUCAUAAUGCAUUGGAUGAUUGUCUAUUUAAAGAAUAUGAGAAUGAGACAUUUGAUAUGAAUGAGACACAGGAAUGA